AUGAACAGAGACAGAGUAAUACAGAGUCAGUUGGAUAGAAAUGUACCUGGAAAGGCAGAAGCAGGGCUACAGAUGAGAAAAGAAUCACAGUGGGUACAAGAAGAGAUAUCACAGUGGGCACAAGAAGAGAUAUCACAGUGGGUACAAGACGAGAUACCACAGUGGGCACAAGAAGAGAUAUCACAGUGGGUACAAGAAGAGAUAGCACAGUGGUUACAAGAAGAGAUAUCACAGUGGGUACAAAAAGAGAUAUCACAGUGGGCACAAGAAGAGAUAUCACAGUGGAUACAAGAAGAGAUAUCACAGUGGGUACAAGACGAGAUACCACAGUGGGCACAAGAAGAUAUAUCACAGUGGGUACAAGAAGAGAUAUCACAGUGGUUACAAGAAGAUAUAUCACAGUGGGCACAAGAAGAGAUAUCACAGUGGGUACAAGAAGAGAUAUCACAGUGGGUACAAGAAGAGAUAUCACAGUGGGUACAAGAAGAGAUAUCACAGUGGGCACAAGAAGAGAUAUCACAGUGGGUACAAGAAGAGAUAUCACAGUGGGCACAAGAAGAAAUAUCACAGUGGGUACAAGAAGAGAAAUCACAGUGGGUACAAGAAGAGAUAUCGCAGUGGCACAAGAAGAGAUAG